AUCAGCAGAGGAGAUUCUGACCACCGCAAUUUAUCGCCAACAUGGGGAAAAUAAAGAAGAAGGGAACUUCUGGCCAGGCCAAAAACUAUAUCACCAGGACGCAGGCGGUGCGCAAACUCCAGAUUUCUCUGCCUGAUUUCCGGAGAUUGUGUAUUUUCAAGGGUAUCUUCCCCCGCGAGCCUCGGAGUAAGAAGAAGGCCUCGAAGACUGCGACCCCCAGCACUACCUUCUACUACACCAGGGACAUCCAGUAUCUGCUCCACGAGCCUCUGCUGCGCAAAUUCCGGGAGCAAAAGACGGUUGCGAAGAAGAUUGCUCGGUCUUUGGGACGUGGAGAAGUCGGAGAUGCCGCGCGGUUGGAGAAGAAUCACGCCCCGAAGCUGUCGCUGGAUCAUGUCAUCAAGGAGCGCUACCCGACGUUUAUCGAUGCUCUGAGAGAUCUUGAUGAUGCACUGUCGCUGCUGUUCCUGUUUGCGAACCUCCCGUCGACUGCUCAUGUGCCGCCCAAGACGAUCGCGUUGUGUCAACGCUUGUGCCACGAGUUCCAGCACUACCUCAUCACCACCAACUCGCUUCGCAAGUCGUUUCUCUCGAUCAAGGGUAUCUACUACCAGGCGACAAUCCAGGGACAGGACAUCAUGUGGCUGGUUCCCUAUCGGUUUGUGCAGCGGGUCAAUGGAGACGUCGAUUAUCGGAUCAUGGCCACGUUUGUCGACUUCUACACCACACUCUUGGGCUUUGUCAACUACAGACUGUAUUCGUCGAUUGGUAUCAUGUACCCACCCAAAUUCGACACCCGCAGCGAUGAAAACGGUGCGGAAUUGGCAGCCUUCACCCUUGAGGGCCGUAAGAUCGGGGAGACUCCCAAGGCGAUCGAAGCCGGUAGCGGCACCAAGACCAACGGUGCGGCCAACAAGGAAGUGUCUCGCGAGAUUCAGGCCAAGGUUGACAAGGUGAUCAAGUCGGCGGGUUUGGACCAGGUCAAGGACGGUGAAUCCACCGAGAAGACUACCGAGGAGAACACCGAGGAGAUCGACAGGUUUGAGCCUACCGCGCCCGAAGCCGAUACCCUCCCCCAGCCGGAUCUGAGCGGCAAUGAAGCCGGCUCGCUGUUUUCCCCCUUCAUUUUCUACAUCUCCCGCGAGGCCCCUCGCGCGCCGCUCGAGUUCAUCCUGCGCGCCUUCGGUUGCAAGGCGAUCGGGUGGGAUGCCGUGCUUGGCGAUGGCGCUUUCACGCACGACGAGACAGACCCUCGCAUCACCCACCAGAUCGUUGACCGUCCUCAACUUCCCGAGUCCUCUCUGCCUGCCAUCCCUACCAAGCCCGAAGACGGCGCCGGCGCUGUCCAGAAGGUCCGCCCCGGAACCCGUAUUCCCGGCCGCACCUACGUCCAACCGCAGUGGGUCUGGGACUGCGUCAACGAGGGCAAGCUCCUCCGGGCGGAUCUCUACGCUCCUGGCACCACCUUGCCUCCUCACCUGAGCCCUUGGGUCAAGCCUAGCAAGGGUGGCUACGAUCCUCGGGCCAGCUUGGCCGAGCAGGAGGAAGAAGGCGAAGCCGAGCUUGCUGCCGAACUAGAGGACGAAGAAGGGGACGAGGACAGUGACGAGGAGAUGGAAGACGCGGCUGAGACGAAGAAGAUUCAAGCCGCCGAGGAGGAGGAUGACGACGAAGAAGACGAUGAUGAUGAGAGUCUGAACGGCGGCAUGGAUGUUGCCGGCACUGAUGAUGACGAGAGCGGCAGCGAAGAGGAGGAGGAAGAAGAGGAAGAAGACUUUGGCGGGUUCGAAGAAGAGGCCGCCUCUGAGUCUGAGGAUGAGGAAGAGGCCGCCCGCUCCCAGCACCAGAAGGAACUUGAGGCUGAGGCUGCGGGUCUCCCUUUCUCGUCCACCAACGGGGCCGCGGGGGGUGCCUCCAAGAAGAAGUCCUCGCAGGCCAAGAAGCUUGCCGCCAAGAAGCGCAAGGAGGAAGAGGAACUCGAUCGGCAGAAAAUGAUGAUGAGCCGCAAGAAGCGCAAGCUGCUUGAGAAGAUGAUCUAUUCGAACAAGAAGACGUCCGACGAGGCGGCCAAGCUGCGGUCGAAGAGACGCAAGAUCGAAAAGGCCGCGCAGGCAUGAACAAAAACAAGACGAUAAAAGUUAUAGAAGACUUCAUUUGAUAUCCCUGCUGCCUCUUGAGGGACUUGUAUAUGAUUCGGCGUCUGGUAAUAGUAUUAGUAAUGGAUUUUUGUCAAAUUUCUUUCUAAA